AUGGAUGUGGAGAGGCUUUAUGAAGCUGUCGAUAUGCUUCUGUAUAUGCAGAGCAAAAAUGGAGGCAUAAGCAUAUGGGAGGUAGCGAAUGGGAAAAAAUGGCUUGAGUGGCUUAGUCCCAUAGAGUUUAUUGAGGACACAAUUGUCGAGCAUGAGUAUCUAGAAUGCACCGGGUCAGCGGUAGUAGUGUUGGUACGCUUCUUGAAACAUCAUCCAGAGUACAGAAAAAAAGAAGUAGAAAGGGCUAUAACGAAGGGAGUGGAAUACAUCGAAAGCAUGCAACUAGCGGAUGGGUCAUGGUUUGGAAACUGGGGAGUAUGCUNAGUGAUAUGGGUUUUUCGAAUAAUAUGUUAG